CGGAAGAUGCUGCUGUUCUGUAUUUGUACACCGAUACAGUUCCGACAUGGCUGCGGAGUUUCUAGUGAUGCUUUACGAAUACUGUCCUCCUUUUUAUAUUAGCAUCGUGUCGCUCUGUUUUAUCAUUACCGUAGCAAUGGUUCUAGGCUGGUUUGGGUUUGAUGUACCGAUAAUUUUGCGUAGUUCGGACGAUGCGGACUCAGUAGCGAACAUUCCAGAAAAGCGGAUGGUCCAAGUGACUAACCCGUUUGCCCUGGAACUGGGUUCAGCUCCUGCCUCCGUCACAGGGGGCGUGGUUCUGCGGCCUCGCUGCUUGGAGGAGUGCAGGCUGAGCUGCUACUGGGGCUGCGGAGUUCAGGGUCUCCAGGCCGCCCUCCAUGCCCACCGGUGUGGGCCUCCCAUCAGCACCCCGCAGCGCUUCCAGGAGGCCCUACAUUUCCAGUACCAGCACGUCCAGACCUUCCACAUCGACAAGGAGGACCCAGUGGAGCAUCUGACACAGAUGCCUGCUAGUUUGCGCAUCUCGCACUUCGGGGUGCUGCCUCGGGCGUGUUACCCCCUGGUGGUGCUGCUCACACUCGCAGAGCCGGAUAUACGGGACAUAUACAACAUCGUAGCCAGUGUGACCGUGGUCCAUGUUCCGGAUGAGAAAUACCAGCUAUCGGAGCGGAUCUUAUUUCAGUACCUGCUCACGGUGCAGGGGAACAUGUACGAGCUGAAGCCACUCUUCAUGUCCACUGGGGACGGGAGUCAGGCCGAAAGCACAGACCUCACAUCCGACACAGAGCAGGAAAGGCCAAAUCAGGCUGGAGGGCCCCUGACCGGGACGAUUCAGGAGGACGAAGAUGAGGGGGCUGCCCCUGGGGCGGGCCGAGACUGCGUGGUGUGCCAGAACGCCCCGGUAAACCGUGUGCUGCUGCCUUGCCGGCACACCUGCCUGUGCGACGGCUGUGUGUCGCGGGUCCGGCACUGCCCCAUGUGCCGCGCCUUCGUCCUUGAGGCCUUCGCUCUGUGUCAGCGCCCCCUGGAGGUCGAGCAAGAGGGGCACCACGGGGGAGAGUAAAUUCCCAGAGCUUUAACUUCGGAUGUUUGAGGACAGCUUCUUCAGUCCACCGAAAUGUGCUGGUUGGUGGGAGUGGGGGGGGGGGGGGGAGCAUUCAUGCAGGAAUGCAUGGGCUUUGGUGAUGUUAUUCCUGUGGAGAUGCUAUUCCUUCUGCAGUGAGGUGUCCUAUGAACUCAGCUUACAGCUAACCUUAGCAUUACUGCAUACUGCUGUAGCUCAGUGACAUCAGCACUGGUAGAGUACCUCCCAUGCAUUCAUUCAAGAGACUGUCCCCCCCGUGUACAGUCAUAAGUCACUACAGACCUCAUCAAGACAAGACGACCGUUAAAUUAAUGAAUCCUUUGGAGCAAUGUUUGUAAAGCUUGAGUGGAAGAUGUAUAUAUUUUAUUUGUUUUGUUGAUUGUGGAUUGAAUUAAACUGGAAAGUGCUCAGUA